GGUGUUCUGUGCAAUGAACUGUCACACUGUCAGUGUUGACAGUUCAUUGGUUCUGUGUCUGUGGUAGCAUUUUUGUGUACUUGAUUUUUGCAUUUCGGCUGUGAUUUUCGAUGUUUUUCCAAAUUUUUGGUAGUCCCAACAUCAAAAAAAUCAUUUAAAGCAUAAGGCAAGUCGACAUGCAGAGAUAUAUGUGACUUGUGCCGAAAACCGUCCACAAAUGAGCUCCAGAAAAUCUUCCCAGAGUAGCUGUCGAACAAUUAUAGGUUAUCCGAAUGUAAAUAUUUAUGUAUGAAGUAAUUAUGAGUGAACCUAAACAACAAGGAAUUAAUUAGACAGGGCUAGUAUCCCUAGGUUUCAUUUAUAAUUAUAGGUAGAGAAUUACCUAAUUAUAGUAUCCUGAAAAAAUGGCAGAUACGAUGAUACCGGUCCUAAAUGAUAUCCUGAAAGUAGAAGGCAUAGAAGAAACUUUCAGCUGUUUUUUAGUUCACAGACCAAAUGUAGAAGCUGAAAAAAUAGCAGCGUGGCAGCAGGAGUUGAAUAACACUUUCAGGAAAAAUACAAGUGCUGAGCAGUUGGACUUGAUGAUACGUUAUUACCUGGGCAUCAUAUCAAAAUGCAGUCGCAACCAAAUACAGUUACUGAUUCAAAUGUUGGAGUCUGCAGCCAAAAGUGGUGCUUUACCAGCUAGAAGAGUAUGUGAGUUGACCAUCACUAGUGAAAUUCUUCAACAUUCUAAUGGAAACUUCUGGAUUGAAUGCUUCAAGUUGAUUAAGAAGAUUAUUGACCUUGUUGAGUACAAAGGAGUUAGAGAAAUUAUGAAGGGAUGCUGUGAAAAAGCAAAGAGCCUUCCAUGGCGUCUCAAUUCUGGUCUACAACCCCAAACUCAAGCACUUCUAGACUUGGCAGCAAAGAUCAUGGACAGAGACGCCUGUCUAUUACCAGGCUACCUCCUGGUCAAUGAACUUCAGAAGGCAUAUCCUGAUUGCCCUCAUUGGAGAUUGUCCGAUCUCUUCUCAGACUAUGUGGACAGCUUCAGAGCAUGUGCUCAGAUGGUGUCUAUUAUUGGUCAGAAUGAGAUGCGGCCUGUUGUUGAACACAGUGGAUGCCCAGAACAUCCGGUCAAUCCAUGGAAGCUGGACCCGCAGACGUUACGAUUCAGUUUGAAAGGCAUUUUACCGUACGAACCAGAACAUCUGGAAAAACAAACCGGUCUCCUACGAUACGUUCUGGAACAACCAUAUAGUCGCGAUAUGGUAUGCGGCAUGUUGGGUCUCAACAAACAACACAAGCAGCAUUGCCAAGCUAUAGAGGAGCAGCUUGUGGAAUUGGUAAUAUUGGCGCUGGAGAGGACUGAAGCUGAAGGAGAUGACCAGGUUACGCAGGACCUGUGGUUGCAUCUAUCCUCACAGUUGAUCUAUUUUGUACUUUUCCAGUUUGCAAGUUUUCCCAGCUUAGUAAUGUCUUUGCACGCCAGGCUUCAGGGAAAGGAUUUGCGAAGGGGUAGAGAUCAACUUAUGUGGGUGCUCCUUCAGUUUAUAUCAGGUUCUAUACAGCGAAAUCCAUUAUCAAAUUUCCUGCCUGUAUUGAAACUGUAUGAGCUUCUAUAUCCAGAGGAUGAUCAACCAUUACCUGUACCAGACUAUAAUCAACCUCAAUGUACCAGACAAAUGGCCAUGACGUGUAUUUGGAUACACCUGAUCAAAAAGGCACAGACUGAGCAGUCCAACAACGUAUGGCCAGUACCGAAUAAGUUGCGUCUUCACCACGAUUUUCUUCAGCAUUUGGUGGUACCACCAAACAAUGCUUCGUUGGCUAUGGGAAAUGACUAUAGAAUAGCGUUGUUGUGCAACGCGUACUCUACAAAUCAGGACUAUUUUAGUAAGCCUAUGGCGGCACUUGUAGAAACUAUACAAGGCAAUAGUAAGUCGGGAUCGUCGCCAACAUCUCCACUCAGUAUGACAGUUCUGGACUCUCUGACAGUUCACUCAAAAAUGAGUCUGAUUCAUAGCAUUGUCACUCAUGUCAUUAAAUUGGCACAAGGGAAAUCUGGAAUGCCUCUGUCUCCUGCUCUAGUAGAAACUUAUAGCAGGUUAUUGGUGUACACAGAAAUCGAGUCCCUAGGCAUCAAAGGCUUCCUAAAUCAACUUCUACCUCAAGUCUACAAAUCGCACGCUUGGGGCACCCUGUAUACUUUGUUGGAAAUGUUCAGCUACAGAAUGCACCAUAUUCAUCCUCACUACAGGGUGCAGCUAUUGAGCCAUUUGCACUCUCUAGCUGCUGUACCUCAGGCGAAUCAGACUCAGCUACAUCUUUGCGUGGAGUCCACAGCACUAAGGUUGAUCACAGGUCUUGGUAGUCGCGAUGUCCAGCAAGAACUCGCCAGGUUCCUUGCAGAACCAAAAACCAUAGUAUCUGCAGAAUCUGAGGAAUUGAACAGGGCAUUGGUACUGACAUUGGCGAGAGCCACUCACGUGACUGGGGCAGAUGGUACUUGGUGCCAUGAACUUUUAGCUACAAUUGCUCAGAGCACUCCACAUGCUUGGGCACCACAGACUUUGGAUUGUUUCCCAAGGGCGUUGGCAGAAUUCUUCACUCAACAUGCCGUUCCCAAAGAAAACAAACAACAAUUGAAAAAGGCAGUAGAAGAAGAAAACCGAAAAUGGGCAUCAAUGAACAACGAAAAUGACAUCAUGGCACAUUUUGGCGUACCUGGGGCGCCACCACUGUUUUUGUGCCUUUUGUGGAAAAUGCUUUUGGAAACGAACCAUAUCAGCCCUAUUGCUUACAAAAUUUUGGAAAGAAUCGGAGCCAGAGCCCUAUCAGCUCACCUUCGCAAAUUCUGUGACUGCCUGGUUUUCGAGUUCAGCAACUCUCCAGGAGGUCAGCAUGUCAACAAAUGCGUGGACACGAUCAAUGACAUGAUUUGGAAGUAUAACAUCGUCACUAUCGAUAGAUUGGUGUUAUGUCUCGCGUUGAGGACCCAGGAAGGUUCAGAAGCUCAAGUGUGCUCCUUCAUUAUACAGUUGGUAUUGCUGAAAGCGACGGAGUUCAGGAACAGGGUACAGGAUUUUGUUAAGGACAAUUCUCCGGAUCAUUGGAACCAGACCAAUUGGCAUGAGAAGCAUUUGGAGUUCCAUAGGAAAUAUCCAGAGAAGUUUGCCCCAGAAGAACAGAGCAGUGUCUACCAUCCUAACUUUGGCAAUGUUUGUCUAAGAUUCCUACCUGUAUUCGAUAUUGUGGUACACAGAUUCUUGGAGAUUCCUCAAGUAACAAAGAGCCUAGAGAUUAUAUUGGAGCACCUGGGAUGUUUGUACAAAUUUCACGAUAGGCCAGUUACUUAUUUAUAUAAUACCUUGCAUUACUAUGAGGUUAAGUUGAGGGAUAGGCCACCGAUAAAAAGAAGGUUGGUAGCAGCAGUUCUGGGGAAUCUAAAAGAAACACUAUCGGAGCCUUAUCAAGCAUUUUUGACGAGGCCACCAGAUGAUGUCUGGGUGCCAGAAUUGGACUAUUACAUACAGGUGGUGAAGCGAGUAGUAGAGGUGAUAGGUGGGACCAAUUCAAACUCAAUGACAGAUUGGAGAUUCAACGAAUUUCCUAAUGCUGGAGCUCAUAUUUUGUACACAUCUUGCGUUGAACUGAUGGCACUAUCAGCAGGACCUCAAGCUGUUGCGAAUGGUCUCCUGGAUGUGGUUGCCAAAGGUUUCGUCACCAUACCUUCCGAACAGAUUCACCAAUGGAUCAACGCCAUAGGUUUGAUUCUAUCAGCUCUUCCAAUGAGCUACUGGAGUGUCAUGCACGAAAGGCUGCUUUCAACAUUGGCCGAGCUGGACUCGUGGCCUUUUGACGCUUCUGUGUUCAACCUUUUGAACUUCAAACAUACGCAUUCGGGUUUGUUGCACAAUAUGUUUAGCUAUAUGCUUGCUUUGGCGCAUUCGGUGUGGCACCAUGCAGGUCCUGGACAAAUAGCAAGUGUACCGCGCUGGGUCAAGGAAUGCCUUCCAGCAGUAGUGAAAACAGAAGAACAAUUCUUAUUCGUCUGUCACUUAGUUGGACCGUUCCUUCAACGUUUCAACAUCGCAAUUGUAGACCUCACAAACUCCCUCUAUGAACUUUUGGCCCAGGUUGACCAGAAUCAAACAGAAUUGAAGUACAUGGACCCAAUUUGCGAUCUCCUUUAUCACAUUAAGUACAUGUUCGUGGGUGACAGUAUUAAGAAAGAGUUGGAAGCUGUUGUGAGGAAGUUGAGGCCUCAGCUGCAACUUAGAUUGCGGUUUAUCGCGCAUUUGGCGAUAGAAGAAGUGCAGGCCACCUGAUGAAAGUUGAACUCUUAGUUGUAAUUUAUUUUUUAAUAUAUGUUUAGUUAUUGUUUAGUGUUUUUUAUCACCAUGACUCCCCAGAUUGUCACAUUUUUUAACCCCAAGGCAAAAACGAGUGGUGUUAAGUUUACGCAGUAAAAAAUUUGUGAGCUUUUUUUUAACUAAAAUCUUGCCUAUGGGGGUCGUCGUUCUUUGAGCAGGGUUUGCAGGGUAUUGAGGCUAGGAAAAAUUUGAAUUUCAAGCAGACAACUUUUUGAUUCUAAACUAAAUCGUGUUAUAUUAAGUGUAGCGUCAUAAAAGCUAAUCAGCUAGUGAAUAACUUGGACCUUAUACAAAACACUUCUGUUUUCAUAGUUGUAAAUAACACUUGUAACAGUUGCUUUUAU